AUUGUAAGCUGUGUGGCUCUUUGACUGAAAGGAGGGAUGGGGUGGGGUGAUGGAGCCGAUCCUGGGGCCUGGCCCCCCCCUGCCACCACCUUUCAGCCUUCUUCUAUUACUUGGUCUCCUUGUCAUAGGGAUCUGGUCAUUGCUGCCUGGGCAUCAAAGGGGGGAGCUGUUGUCAGCCAAGAUCAGCAAGACUUUAAGGCAGCAAAAAGUAUCAGAGAGCCAAAAAGUCACAAAAGUUCCACCUCCACAUUGGGAGGACAAUCUCCAGAUGGAAUGUACAGGUUCUGACCUGGCCUGUUUUUCAGGGCUCCCUGUGGGCUGGGCCCAGAAUUAUACUCUUUGGUCAAUGGAUAGGAGCCUCCAGAAUAUUUUUCAGCACCUGGACAUUGCAAGAUCCAGUCUCAUGAACUUGUCCACAUCUUCUCAAGUGACCUCAACUCCUUCCUCCAGCUCCUCUACUACUGGGCCUCGGGACUUACAAACCCUGACAUGCUAUGAGUGCCACAGCCCAGAGUUUUCUAGAGUCCAGAGUUCUUCUCUUCACACCAAUCUCAGUGCAACUCAAUCCCUUGCCUAUAUUUUUAGAGAAAGCCUAGAACACCGGAGCCACAGUCUACCUAACCCCUCCAAAAAUUAUUCUGGAGAAGCACGGGUACUAUCCCUGCCUCCAUUUCUGCUUUCUCAAGAUAAAAAAGACACCACAGAGAAUAUGUCUUUGGACAACUGUGCCUACAACUCCACUUAUGAACAAGGGCUUUGUGAGACCAAAGCAGUGGAGGACAAGAAUGACAGCUGGGUCCCCAAGGAUAUCAGGAAUUCCUUGGACCUCCAUAUAAGGAAAAAGCUUGCCCAACGUUUGGCCCCUCCUCCAAUUUUCAGAACCAUAAAGCUCUCUAUCAGCCCAUAUCCUUUGGCCGAUAGUCCCACAAGAGACAAAAAGACAACAAAAAAGAAGGGAGGAAAUAGAGUUCUUAAAGUUUCAAAUUCUUCAUCUUCAAAUCUUCGUGGAAGACCCCGGCUCCCAUGCUGGGCUCCAAUUAAACUUUCAAGAUCUGCCAGGUGGGUGCUGGAGGGACACAUGGCCUGGAAAGUAUGUACAUUGAGGGCCCAAAGAAUACCUGCAGCUGUGAAGCAGUCAUGGGCAAUUCUGAACUGUGUCAUUAAAGUACAGAAUGAAGACCAUAAACCUGGAAACUCUAAAAUUCAGGAAUCUAUGUACUUCCUUAAGGACACUGUACAGGAUAUCAACAAAAAACCUCCAGAUGUUUCAUACCCUCCACUUCCCACAGAUGUGGAAAAUGACCACACAAGACCAACAACUCCAAAAUUAUUCAAAGCAGACAGUCAGCCCCAGCCAACACCCCCACCUGAUACACAGGAUGCCUCUUGCUCAGAAGUGGUGGUUAUCCCAGGGGAAGCCACCUUUCUUCCGGAGGAUGUGAAAAAGAGAUUGGAACUUUGUAUCAAAAAGAAGGUCAACAGCCUUCUGAAGAAGGCCACAAGGCAACAAAAGGACAUUGUAAAAAAGGAUGAAGAAUUGAGCAUCAGGUUAAAAUUUCAAGCUGUAGACACUAUGAAACUGCUUCAAACUGUGGAAUCUGUGUCAUUGGGUCCAGGGCCCCAAGUUAAAGAUUUUAAAGGACUGAUUCCAGAGUCAUCUGAUCAAGUUAGAGAUUUUUGGGAGCUGAACUCAGGACCGCAGGUUCAAGAGUUUCAGAUUCAAGAUACAAAUGAUGUGGAGCUAACUCCAGUGAUACAGAAGCAAAAUGUAGAUUCUUUGAAGAUCAAAGAUUCAAGUUCAGAGGUUCAAGAUAUGGAUUCUGUAACAACUUCAGUGCCAGAGAAAUAUGAUGCAGAUUCUAUGAAGCUGCCCUUAGGAUCACCAGUUCAAGAUGUGGAUUCCACGGGGUCAAUCCCAGAGCCACAGAUUAAAAAUGUGGAUUCUGGAGGGCUGAUCCGAGGGUUACAGGUCAAACUCACAGAUUCCAAGAAGCUGCUCAAAGGGUCACAGGUCAAACUCACAGAUUCCGAGGGGCUGAUUCUGUGGUCACAGGUCAAACUCACAGAUUCUGAGGGGCUGAUUCCGUGGUCACAGGUCAAACUUAAAGAUUCCAAGGAACUGAUCUUGGAGUCACAGGUCAAACUCAAAGAUUCCAAGGGGCUGAGCCCAGGGUCACAGGUCAAACUCACAAAUUCCAAGGGGCUGAUCUCAGGGUCACAGGCCAGACUUACAGAUUCCAAGGGACUAAUCCCAGGGUCACAGGUCAAACUUAGAGAUUCAAAUGGGCUGAUCUCAGAGUCACAGGCCAGACUCACAGAUUCCAAGGGGCUGAUUCCAUGGUCACAGGUCAAACUUUCAGAUUCCAGGGGACUGAUCGCAGAGUCACAGGUCAAACUUACAGAUUCCGGGGGACUGAUCACAGAGUCACAGGUCAAACUUACAGAUUCGAAGGAGUUAAUCUCAGGGUCACAAGUUCAACUCACAGAUACCAGGAGCCUGAUUUCAGGGUCUCAGAUCAAACUCUCAGAUUCUAAGGGGCUAAUUCCAGGGACACAAGUCAUUUUCAUAGAUUCCAAGGGGCUGAUCUCAGGGUCACAGGUCAAACUCACUGAUUCUAAGGGACUAAUCCCAGAGUCACAGGUCAGACUCACAGAUUCCAAUGGGCUAAUCUCGGGGUCACAGGUCAAACUCACAGAUUCCAAGGGGCUGAUAUCAUGGUCACAGGUCAAACUCUCAGAUUCUAAGGGGCUGAUCGUGGAGUCACAGGUCAAACUCACAGAUUCCAAGGGACUGAUCUCAGGGUCACAAGCCAAACUCUCAGAUUCCAAGGGGCUGAUUCCAGGGUCACUGAUUCCAGAGUCACAGGUCAAACUCACAGAUUCCAAAGGAUUGAUCUCGGAGUCACAAGUCAAACUCUCAGAUUCCAAGGGGUUGAUUCCAGGGUCACAAGUCAAACUCACAGAUUUCAAGGGGCUGAUGCCAGGGUCACAUGUCAAACUUACAGAUUCUGAGGAGUUGAUUCAGGGCUCACAAGUCAAACUCAAAAAUUCCAAGGAGGUGAUCCCAGGUUCACAAGUCAAAGUUACAGAUUCCAACGGGCUGAUUCUGGGGUCACUGAUUCCAGGGUCACAAGUCAAACUCGCAAAUUCCAAAGGGCUGAUGCUGGAGUCACAGGUCAAAUUCACAGAUUCUGAAGGGUUGAUUCAGGGCUCACAAGUCAAACUCACAGAUUCCAAGGGGCUGAUGCUGGAGUCACAGGUCAAACUCACAGAUUCUGAGGGGUUAAUUCAGGGCUCACAAGUCAAACUCACAGAUUCUAAGGGGCUGAUCCCAGAUUCACAAGUCAAAUUCACAGAUUCCAAGGGGCUGAUUCCAGGAUCACUGAUUUCAGGGUCACAAGUCAAACUCACAAAUUCCAAAGGGCUGAUGCUGGAGUCACAGGUUAAACUCACAGAUUCUGAGGGGUUGAUUCAGGUUUCACAAGUCAAACUCACAGAUUCCAAGGGGCUGAUCCCAGGUUCACAAGUCAAAUUCACAGAUUCCAAGGGGCUGAUUCCGGGGUCACUGAUUUCAGGGUCACAAGUCAAACUUGCAAAUUCCAAAGGGCUGAUGCUGGGGUCACAGGUCACAGAUUCUGAAGGGUUGAUUCAGGGGUCACAAGUCAAACUCACAGAUUCCAAGGGGCUGAUUCCGGGGUCCCUGAUUUCAGGGUCACAAGUCAAACUUACAAAUUCCAAAGGGCUGAUGCUGGAGUCACAGGUUAAACUCACAGAUUCUGAAGGAUUGAUUCAGGGGUCACAAGUCAAACUCACAGAUUCCAAGGGGCUGAUCCCAGGUUCACAAGUCAAAUUCACAGAUUCCAAGGAGCUGAUUCUGGGGCCACUGAUUUCAGGGUCACAAGUCAAACUCACAAAUUCCAAAGGGCUGAUGCUGGGGUCACAAGUCAAACUCACAGAUUCUGAGGGGUUAAUUCAGGUUUCACAAGUCAAACUCACAGAUUCCAAAGGCCUGAUGCUGGGGUCACAAGUCAAACUCACAGAUUCCAAAGGCCUGAUGCUGGGGUCACAGGUCAAACUCACAGAUUCUGAGGGGUUGAUUCAGGUUUCACAAGUCAAACUCACAGAUUCCAAGGGGCUGAUCCCAGAUUCACAAGUCAAAUUCACAGAUUCCAAGGGGCUAAUUCCAGGGUCACUGAUUUCAAGGUCACAAGUCAAACUCACAAAUUCCAAAGAGCUGAUGCUGGAAUCACAGGUUAAACUCACAGAUUCCAAGGGGUUGAUUCAGGGGUCACAAGUCAAACUCACAGAUUCCAAGGGGCUGAUCUCAGGGUCAAACAUCAAACUCACAAAUUCUAAAGGACUGAUCCUAAAGCCAAAUGCUCAAGUCAUAGAUUCUUUAGAAUUGACUCCAUGGCCACGUAUUCAAGGUGUGGAUUCUGUGGAAUUGAUUUCAAAGUCAGAGAUUCCAGUCACAGAUCCUAAGCAAUUGACUCUCGAGCUGCAGUCCCCAGUUGGACAUGCUUUUCAUUUUCUCCAGGGCUCCAUACCACUAUACAUUUCAGGGUCUGGUAGAAUGACAGUUAAUCUGAAACAAGGCCUUCAUGCCUCUAAAGCACGUGAAAUUCUGAUAAUAAUGUUAAGAGACUUGAAUGGGAGCAUACGCCUUCAAAAAUCUUUUACUUUCCAAAUAUCUAGCAAAUUUCCCAAUACAGUACAACCUUCAACUCUUUCCAAGCUUCUAUCUGGGCAGCCCUUGCAUUCCUUACGCCAGUGGAGGCUGAGUCCUCAAAGGCUAUUCCAGGCUCCUAUAUUCUCAUUUUGGAGAUCAGAUCACAGUUUCUACCAAGGAAGAUUCAGGACCCCAAAAGCCCUAAAAUGGCUUGUCUCAGGAAGGCAAGUAAAGUCCAGGAAGCAGCGAAUUUCAAAGGGAAGAGUGACAAGGAGAAAAUCAUCCUCUUCUUCCAUGUUAAGGAAGAACCUGUGGGCUAAGAUGCAGCAAGCACAUCAUGUCCAGGCAGAUCAAAACCAAAGACCAUCUCAAGUUGUCUCUCUACAUGCCCCAAAUCAGCAUUUUAGUCCAUCAAGACAAGCAAUGGUUUCUGAGGGCGGGCAAGAGAAGAUUAUGGGUACUCUUCCUGGGACUUCACUUUCUAAGAAUAUUCAGAGAGAUACCCUAUGCCAACUUUGUAGGAAGAACCUACCUUUCAAUGAACAUACCCUAUGCCAACUCUGUAGGAAGAAGCUACCUUUCAAUGAACAGCUAGAGAAUUUCAAGUCCACAUCUCAGGACGAUCCUAACUUGACCACAAAAGAAGCUCAGGACAGUAGUAAACCUGUGGAGAGAAGGAAAGAAAUGGAACAAAUAUCCUCAGACUUAAGAGUGCUACCUCAGAGUACGAGUCCACAACUGCCUUCCUCUCACAAGAUACCUAGUACUGAGAACACAGCUUCAGUGGAGCAGAAAGAAAAACCAGGUAUCAGCUCACAAGUAAGAACUUCUGAAUCUCAGUCUAAGCCUCUGUCAGUAACUUCUCCCCAUGAACAGACCCAGCUACUACAGGACCUGCAGCUGAAAAUAACACAACAGCUCCUAAAGAAUCAACUGUCUCCCCAUUUCACUCCAUCCCUAACUAAAGGUAUGUUUCUACAAUACCCUAUCUGUCUGCAGUGUGGCAGAUGUUCAGGCCCCAGUUGCCCCCACAAGUUUCAUGAUACUUCUGGACCUUGGCUUCUUGUUUAUCCACAACUUCGCCUUUUUCGUAACUCGGAGGGACAUGGGGAGUUUCGGGUUCAACUUGGUUUUAAAUUGAGAAACCGAACCCAAAUCCCAAAGCAGCAAAGAGAAGUAGGGCCUCUGGUGCCAAUGGGACAUGUAUCAUCACAGCCUGACCCAUUGGAGAAGAGGAAGAGUAAGGUCUGUACCUGCCAUAUCACCAAGAAAAAUCUUAUUUUAAGCCCCUACCCUAAAACAAAUUUAGGACAUCAACCUUUCCAGACUCUCGAGUCUUCCCAAACCUCUGGCCCUAUUCAAAUUCAUAUUAAAAGAAAUUUACCUGGCAGGCGAGUAGAGGUUACAAAAGCAAAAUUUGAAAAGCCUGACCAUUAUAACUUUAUAAAAAUCCAUUCUUUACUGAACACUGAUAGCAAAGGUGGUUGGGCUAAGGGUGGAGUCAAACGGAUCCUUAACUCAGAACAGAUGAAGAGCCCCAAGGAGAUCAGAACUACAACUCAUAAAAUUCAAAGAGUGUCUAGACAGAGUAUCCCCAAGAAUAGAGAGAGACAUUCAGGGAGAAGAACUAUGGAGGCCCAAAAAGAAGCUCCUCCAAACGGCCAUUCUGAGGAGUCCACAGGAUUCAUGCAAUGGCUCUGCCUCGGUAUAAAGAAAGCACUAGGUAUAGCUUGUCCUCCAAAGACUUCAUUGCAACAGAUGCAACAAGCUCCUUCGGAGAGUGCAUCCAGUCCGCAAGGCUCAGUGUCCUCUGAACAAUCUCAUGUACAACAAGGCUCCAAAAACGUGGGGAAGCAGUGGGUCAAAUCUCUAAGAACAACGUGCCUAGCCACGAAAAAGGAGAGGAAGCCGGAGAAAGAAAAGAAAAGGCCGAGAUUCACGCUACUUCCUAAGAAUAUCAAGAUUAACCAAUCAAGAUUGUAUUUUAAAUCCACAUACAAAUCACCAUCAUCGCACAGCUCCACAUCCCCCGUUCCGGAGAGUGACAAGGUUUCCCUUUCUAAAUCAUCACACCAGAAAACAUCUCCAGGUCAAGAGAAGCGCCGCGGGGGAUCUCUGGAUUCCAGCAAAACUGAAAGUAGCCCGGGGCACCCAGUUAUUCCAGGAGGACCCAUGUCAAAACAGAAGAUCCAGCAGCAAGAUGCUGGGGGGGACAGAACAGGUAAAGGGUCUUGGAAAGGCAGGUUGGGUUCCUCGCCCUGAAGCAAAGAAGAUCGGGAGUGCUCCCAAGAAAAAUCAAGGACUCAAAUGUUUGCUCUUCCAGUCCGGGCCAGUCCAGGCUUUCCCGUCACUGCCGCUCCUUCACCCCCACUUGCAGGAUCCCUAAACGCAGGAGUUUAAGGAAAGGAGGAAAUUACGUGGAGUGUGAGGAGGGGGGGGGAAGCAAGAGGGUCUGUAACUUCUCCUGAAUAAAAUGAGAAGUAAAUA